GGGGAGCCGGGUCGCGCAGGAGCCGCCUGCGGUCAUGGAGCCGGGCUCCGGGCUGCAGCGCAGGGGCGGCGCGGGGCGGGAGUUCGCGGCGGGGGGCUCCCCGGCGCUCUCGGGGCCGCAGUCCCGCCGCAGGAAGCAGCCGCCGCGCCCGGCCGACUUCAAGCUGCAGGUCAUCAUCAUCGGCUCGCGGGGCGUGGGCAAGACCAGCCUGAUGGAGCGCUUCACCGACGACACCUUCUGCGAGGCCUGCAAGUCCACCGUGGGUGUUGAUUUUAAAAUCAAAACAGUAGAGCUAAGAGGAAAGAAAAUUAGAUUACAAAUCUGGGACACAGCAGGUCAGGAGAGAUUCAACAGCAUUACCUCAGCUUAUUACAGAAGUGCCAAGGGAAUCAUAUUGGUGUAUGAUAUCACCAAGAAGGAGACAUUUGAGGAUUUACCAAAAUGGAUGAAAAUGAUUGAUAAGUAUGCCUCAGAAGAUGCAGAGCUUCUACUGGUUGGAAAUAAGUUGGACUGUGAAGUUGACAGAGAGAUUACUCGACAACAGGGAGAAAAGUUUGCACAGCAAAUAACUGGGAUGCGGUUCUGUGAAGCAAGUGCCAAGGAUAAUUUUAAUGUGGAUGAAAUAUUUCUGAAACUUGUAGAUGACAUCCUGAAAAAGAUGCCUCUGGAUAUUAUGAGGAAUGAGUUGUCCAACAGUAUACUGUCCCUGCAACCAGAGCCAGAAAUCCCACCUGAACUGCCUCCGCCAAGACCACAUGUCCGUUGCUGUUGACUUGUUGCUUCACACAGAGUGGGAGAGAGAAGACAGUGUCUGCACUACAAUCAUUUGGCAGUUUCGUGUUGCACUUUGUUUUUCAAGUCAGAACUACACACUUAUUUGUAAAUAUGCAAAUAUGCAAUCCUGUGUAAGAUUCAGUUGCAACAGUUAAAUAUUGCCCCUCUUCCCCAAAACAGUAUAUUUCAUUCAUCACUGUAGUGUUAUAAAUAUUGUACAGUAUAUGGAAACUGCCACACUCCAAGUCUAGGAGGAGGAGAAAUUAAAUCUAUACUUAUUCUUGACAUAAAUAUUGUAAUAGUCCUUGUUAUUAUAAACAGGCAAGCAGAAGCUCUUCUUGUAUGAAGAUAAGUAUAUGGUGCUUUGCUAACUAUUUUAAAGAUGAAUUUUUUUAAAACUGAAAACUUUAUGUACAAAGCUUCCAUAACCGUCAUUGUUUCCUUUAAUAUAUUCAGAUGAUUUUUUUUUUUUUUUUUUUUAGGGAGUGGGGUGGAGCUGUAGCAUCUUCAGCUGACUAGAUCUACAGCAAUGCUACUUGUAAUUUCCAGCAAUCUGUCUUAUUUAUUAUGUUUAAUAGUAGACCAUUGCUUUGUGUAUUAAGACAUCACAUUUGGUGCAAUUCUAAGGGUGCAGUGUCAACUCACACAUUUAAUUUCUGCUUAAACAUAAGCUAGGUUGCAAGAAAAGUGGAGAUGUAUUUUGAAUUCUAAAAGAUGGUAUGAAAAGCAAUGCUGCUGUCCUAGACAAAUUCUUUUUAAAAGGAAUUUAAUACAUUUUCCUGUGUUGAGGGAAUAUAUAUGUGUAUUUGUCUGAAUGGGUGGGUGGGAGGGGUUUAUGGAAAACCAUUUUUUUUCCCCUAAUGGUGGAAAUUAUUUCCAUCAAGCAUAUACUGUGUUAGGUUUUUGUCUGAUAAUGACUUUGUGAACUAUAUCUUUGGUAUAUCUUUUAUUACAAUGCACUGUUUAGUUUAGUCGUGGUAAAUCAGUAGUUACAUAUUCGAAUAACUUGGUGUGUCCUGAAUGUUGUGGUAUUGAAAAGCAUUGUGGUCUUUCUAAACUAAUGAAAUGCAAAUAAAAUUUUGUAUUUAUGAAUGACA